UAAAGAGUAGAAGCAUUCAAUCUUAGCCUCAAAUCGGUAAUCAGUCGUAUAUAUAUAUUCAGGCGAUUCUCAUCUCUCAUACUCACAUUUCGAACAACUAUGUAGCAAUCUUUCAGUAUUUGUGAAAUACUGAUCUCCACAUCUAAUCACAGCACAGCUUGUUAAGAUCGAAAUUGAUCAUGGAGGAGGUGAGGAGGUCAGCAAACCUUGGGGCAAGUAUCUGGGAUGACGAUUACAUUCAGUCUCUCACAAGUUUAUACACGGGGGAAAAGUACGUAGCUGAAGCUGAGAAACUGAAAAAUCUGGUGAAAAUAAUGAUAGACGAAACCGAAGACGAGCUGGACCAACUUGAGCUUAUCGACAGUCUGCAGAGGCUGGGUUUAUGUAACCACUUUGAGGAUCGAAUAGCUAAGAUGUUAGACAACAUUUAUGAGGCGGAAAAAUGUCGAGACGAUGAAAACAUGGAAAAGGACUUGCACAUCACAGCUCUCAGAUUCAGACUUCUCAGACAACAUGGAUAUCAUGUUCCUCAAGAGAUUUUCUGUAGUUUCAUGGACGAUGUAGGAAAUUUCAAGGCCUCCCUAUGUGAAGACGUGAGAGGAGUGGUAUCUCUAUAUGAAGCUUCGUAUUUAUCCGUGGAAGGGGAAAGCUUACUGGAUUUAGCCAAAGAUUUCUCACUGAAUCAUCUUACUCGAAGAAUCGACAAAAUUACAGAGCCACAUCUAAGGGAGCAAGUGAAGCAUGCUUUGGAGGUUCCUCUACACUGGAGAGUGCAGAGGCUGGAAGCCAGGUGGUACAUCAAAGCUUACGAGAGUAGAUCUUCAGCAAACCUUAUCCUGGUUGAGCUGGCUAAGUUGGAUUUUAACAUGGUACAGGCAACACACCAGCAAGAGCUCAAGCGCAUGUCAAGAUGGUAUAAAGAGACUGGUCUCCCGGAAAAGUUGGGGUUCGCCAGGCACCGAUUGGCGGAGUGUUUCUUGUGGGCUUUGGGAUUCGCUCCGAAGCCUCAUUUUGGAUUUUCCAGGGAAAUUUUGAUCAAAACUGGGCAGCUUAUCACCAUAAUAGAUGACAUAUACGAUGUAUAUGGAACCUUGGAAGAACUCCAAUUGUUCACCAACACAAUCGAGAGGUGGGAUAUUAAUUCGCUGGACAACCUUCCAGAAUAUAUGCGGAUUUGUUUCUUAGCUAUCUUCAAUUUCUCGAAUGAAUUGGCUUAUCAUAUUCUCAGGGACCAAGGUUUCAACGUUAUCCCAAAUAUGAGGAAACUGUGGGCAGAACUGUGUAGAGCUUAUUACUUAGAAGCGAGAUGGUUUCACAGCGGAUACGUCCCAACCACAAAUGAGUACCUAAAUACAGCAUGGAUUUCCAUUUCGGGUCCUCUACUUCUAUUUUAUGCUUACUUCUCAACAAAUGCUAUAAACAACGAGGAACUACAGAGCCUAGAACAAUAUCCUGGUAUUAUUCGUUGGCCAUCCGCGAUUCUUCGUUUGACAGAUGACUUGGGAACUUCAUCUGACGAAAUGAAACGAGGGGAUGUUCCGAAAUCCGUUCAGUGCUACAUGAUUGAAACAGGAUGCUCUGAGGAGGAUGCUCGCAAGCACAUAAAGCAUUUGAUCGAGGCGGCACUGAAGCGCAUGAACAAAGAGAUACUAAUGGAGAAGCCCUUGAAGGAUUUCAGCCACAUUGCCAUGAAUCUUGGGCGAAUCUCACUCUGCAUGUAUCAACACGGAGAUGGCUACGGCCUUCCCUAUUCCGAAACCAAGAGAAAUUUGGUCUCGCUCCUCGUUCAACCCUUCCCUAUGCCUUGAAUUCCUACGCACCAGCUUUAAGUAAACCAAUAAAGAGAUCGAGUCCCCAUGCCCUGAUGAUUUCAAUGCAUCAGAUCUGAAUAAGGAGACUCUUUGCUCUUACUUUCCACAUUAAUUUUCAUGUCGUGCUCCUUAACUUGUAUUCGGCCAUCGCCAUUCUAUAUAUUUAUAAACUUCUGGUUCAUGAAGGUAUA